AUGGCGGCUAAUAGCGGGGCUUCGACAACAGUCAAUGCAGAUUAUUCAGAAAGCGAAUCGGAAAGCGAGUGGAUGCCCUUCUGCGGAACGACCCCGGACCUGCCGCAUUCAAAACACUGGGACAGCGACGGGUUUGUAUCACCGUUUCAAGCGACACCUGUGCAUAAAAUUGCCACAAUAUUAACGCAUUUGAAUCUUACUGAAGCUGACGUCGUUUACGACUUAGGAUGCGGCGAUGGACGGGUUCUCGUCGAAUGCACUCGGGCGAGCAAUUGUUCAGGUGUCGGCAUCGACCUUGACGACCGGCUCGUGCAAAGGGCGCAAGCAAACGCUUUGCGUCAUCGUGUUGAACAUCGUAUCACGUUCAGAAAAGCUGACAUCUUGGACCCCAACUUAGACCUUUCUUCAGCGACAGUAUUGUUUCUGUAUCUUCUUCCAGAAGCACUUUCUCUGCUACUCGGCGUCUUAGAAAAUCUUGCGAAUGACAGUCGCUCGCAGCUCAAGAAGAUCGUGUCGGUGAGGUGGCCACUGCCUGGUGUCCCUGCGACAACAAGCGAUGCUGUCGAUAAUUUCUACAUUUAUGAAGCUGUCGAUCUUCGUUCAUAG